AUGUCACUCUGUCUUUCUUGGGAUAUCCACAAGUUAGGACAAUUGAAGAGUGAGAUCAAGUCCUUAGAAUCAUCCCUCAACGAUAUCAUGUCCCAGGCCGAUCUUGAUGAAGCCCAUAAUAUUAUAGACACCUAUAAUAUGGCCCUAACAAAUAAAGUCAACAAGACUCAAAAAAAGAAAUUUCUCCGCGACAGUGUUCCACAGUCUAGGAACAACUGUGCUCCUCUCUCCGAAUCGGAGACCUCACUUCUUUCCAAGGGGCUAAAUUUCUGCCCCACGCCACAUGAGGUCGACGAAAAACAAGUCAGAGAGGACACCCGAGCAUUCUUCCGGAGACUUCGUUUGAAGGAGCACUUCUCUAGAAAAGACUCCGAAGUAAAUUCAUACGAUUUUUCCAAGCCAGAUUUACACGACCUAGAGGAACACAAACUCUAUAAUCCCAAGAGUGACUGGGAACCUGCACCGGGCAAGUGCGGCGCGCUUGAGUCGUAUAUUGACGCCGUUGAGUCAGACAUAGAGAAGCUCCUUUCAAUGCCAGACAAGACUCUCGACAAUUUGAGUAAGGAAGAGAGAUCUGCCUUACAAUCAUUAAAAAAUCGGGAUGACAUUGUAAUCAAGAAAGCAGACAAAGGCUCUACAGUUGUAGUAAUGGAUAAAGAGACUUACAUGGCGGAGGCCCAAAGACAACUCUCAGACGAACGUUUCUAUAAGAAACUGGAUUCUGACCCUACUAAAGAAUUCUCCACCGCCAUUACCAAAACUCUUGACGAUAUGUUUGAGAAAGAUGAGAUUGGUAUCAACGUCUAUGAGACCUUAAAUCCUAUUGACUGUAGACCAGGACAAUUCUAUCUGCUUCCUAAAAUACACAAAGAAGGCAUGCCAGGUCGCCCGAUAGUCAGCGCAAUUGGACACCCUACGGAGAAAAUUUCUGAAUUCAUUGAUUUACAUCUCCGUCCACACGUAGAGAGUUUGCCAUCCUAUCUCAAGGACACCAUGGACUACAUUAACAAGACGCUUUCUACUGGCCUUCCAGAUCAUACCCUCCUCGUGACUAUGGACGUCACAUCUUUGUACACCAAUAUUCCGCACGAUGAGGGUAUCGAAGCCUGUAGAGAAGUCUGGGAUAGUAUUUAUACACAGACAAUCACAUUUAAAUAUCUGGAAAGGACGGAUGUCAAAGCUAACGGAUAG